AUGGAUUCACCGACUUCGACGGCGACUUCAACGGCGGCGGUGGAUUCGUCGACGACGGCGACGGUCGAUUCGUCGACGUCGACGAGGAUCGUGGGCUCGAGAUCUUCGAUGAUCGAUUCGAUCCGUGGGUGCGGGCUGUCCGGUGCCCGAAUCGACAAGGAAGUGCUGAGGAAGAAGCUCGUCAUGCCGGAAUACCUCCGGCGAGCCAUGGCCGACGCGAUUAGGUCGAGAGACGGGGAGGAGGCCUGCGAGCGCCACCACAACAGCGGCGAACUGAGAGUCCCCGAGGACGCGCCGCAAUGCCCCAUGGUGGUGUUCGUCAAUUCGAAGAGCGGUGGCCGCCAUGGCCCCGAACUCAAGGAGCGGCUCCAGCAGUUAAUGAGCGAGGAACAGGUUUUUGACCUCUCAGAUGUGAAGCCUCACGAAUUCGUGAGAUAUGGACUGGUAUGUCUAGAGAAGAUGGCCAUCCUUGGUGAUCUUUGUGCCAAAGAGUGUCGCGAGAAAAUGAGGAUUAUGGUUGCUGGAGGAGAUGGUACAGUUGGUUGGGUAUUGGGAUGUCUAGCAGAACUUCACCAAGAGGGAAGACAGCCGGCUCCUCCGGUUGGGAUCAUUCCACUCGGUACAGGCAAUGACUUGUCGAGGAGUUUCGGUUGGGGAGGUUCAUUUCCUUUUGCUUGGAAAUCAGCUAUUAAGCGAUCUCUUGAUAGGGCCACUGCUGGGCCUGUUUGCCGUCUUGAUAGUUGGCAGGUUGUGGUUUCGAUGUCCGAAGGACAAGUUGUCGAUGCUCCCUAUUCCUUAAAGGCUACUGAAGAUUGCCAACUUGAUCAGGAUUUGGAAGUUGAGGGGCUGUUGGCUGAGAAAAUGGCUUGCUAUGAAGGAGUGUUCUAUAACUACUUCAGCAUAGGGAUGGAUGCCCAAGUUGCUUAUGGCUUUCACCAUUUACGUAAUGAAAAACCUUACCUUGCACAAGGUCCCAUUGCAAAUAAGAUAAUAUACUCUGGUUACAGUUGCACCCAGGGCUGGUUUCUCACUCCUUGCAUUAACGAUCCCGGUCUGAGGGGGCUCAAAAAUGUCAUCAGGAUGCACAUUAAAAAGGUUAAUUGCUCAGAAUGGGAACAGAUCCCUGUUCCUAAAAGUGUAAGAGCGAUAGUUUGUUUGAACCUUCACAACUAUGGAAGUGGGAGAAAUCCAUGGGGCAACCCAACUGCUGACUACUUGGAGAAGAGGGGAUUCGUAGAGGCUCAUGUUGACGAUGGUCUCCUAGAAAUUUUUGGUUUGAAACAAGGGUGGCAUGCCUCAUUUGUGAUGGUUGAACUCAUAUCCGCGAAACACAUAGCCCAGGCUGCAGCGAUUAGACUGGAGAUAAGGGGAGGGGAAUGGAAAGACGCGUUUCUCCAGAUGGACGGUGAGCCAUGGAAGCAGCCGAUGAGCAGGGAGUACUCGUCGUUUGUAGAAAUAAGGCGGGUACCUCAUCAGUCAGUUAUGAUCAGCGGCGAGUAA